CACACACACACACUGUCACUUACAGAGUGGGUCUUCAUUUGGAAAAGUGAGACACACCAACAGAUGCAGGACAACAUUUGGAAAAGUGAGACACACCAACAGACGCAGGACAACAGACAGAUUUGAUUCCUCAUCAUGACCACCGAAUACCAUGAUGACAACGCUGACAACACGGCCAUCUGGCCCAAAGAGUCUCCUCCCAUGAGACAGCUGAUGUUACCCAGCAGGUACAGGUGGAGAGAGUGGCUUUUUCCUGCAGUAACAGCUGGAAUCAUACUGGCCUUAGUCAUAGCACUGGGAGCAAGCAACACCAAGACAUCAAACCGUCUUUGGAUGUUGGAGGAGAAUAUUUCCAACAUGACUGAUAGAAUCACUUCUUCUCUGCAACAAUCCAAAGAUGCCACCCAGGAAGUGAAGCGGCUGCAGUUUGCUUUGGAGAGCAACAAAGACCAGCUGACCUCAGUGUCUGAAGCACUGAGUCAGCUCUCUGAAUUGGAGUCUCUAAAAACGAUACUGUCUGGACUCCAAUGUUCUUUUGUUAAUUUCAUCAAUAACAGGACAGGAAGUCAUGAUUGUUGCCCUCUGCAUUGGGAGUUGUUUGGUUCCAGUUGUUAUCACUUCUCUAAAGAUGUUCGAUCGUGGGACGAUGCCAGAGACUGGUGCUCUGGGCAGGGAGGUCACCUGGUCAUCCUCAAAACAGCCGAAGAAUGGACUUUUGUCACUGACAGAACAAUGCCAACCUUCUACUGGAUCGGUCUGACAGACGAGAGGACGGGGAAAUGGGAGUGGGUCAAUCAGACCCCCUACGCUAUGGACCGCAGGCACUGGAAGCCUAACCAGCCUGAUAACUGGCGUGGUCACGGGCUGGGCGGGACCGAGGACUGUGCUCAUAUCCAUAGCGACGGUCGCCUUAACGACAUGCACUGUUCCGUCAAGUUUCGCUACGUCUGUCAGAGACACAAGCAGACGUCACACACAUGAACUUCUCCGCCGUCCUUUGGACGGAAAUGUCCUCUGUUGUCAUGUUGUCCACUAUUAAAGACGCUGAAAUGAGAAAUGUG